CCAGCAAGCGAGACUACUACACUGCAACCCGUUCACAAAAACAGCAUGCGGCUAAUGUUGACCAGCCUCAGCAGGUUUCCAGAUGUGGCCACAAAAGGAGAUCCUGAGCUCCUGCGUCAUCCCAUUGGUCCAUGUCACCGCAGUGUGCCACCCAUCCGGGCCGCUGCUGCUCACAUGCGAGUCGUCAGUGAGGUGCAAGCCGGGGGAAGGCUCUCUUCACCGCGGAUGCAUUGCUCUGCCUGUGAACCCCCGCCCCUCCUUAAAACCACCACCACCACCACUUGCACCGCUUCUCUGCAGCUUUUCCGGGGUAACAGAAGGACGGCGUCUGAAAGGAGGAGGAUGAGGAUUUUCUUCGCGUCUUUAGGGGAGGAGCCAUUUGUUUAAUGCGCUGCAAAGAGAGGGCGCCGCACACCGAGAGGCUGUGAAGAGGAGCUCUAAACAUACUUGGGGAUGUUCAACAGAGGACCAGCAAAAGUCCAGUGAAGGAGAAGAUACAACAGGAACAUCCCGAUGAAUCGCUGCUAGUGAUGUUCCCCUUUUGACAGGGGUCACCUCCUCUCUUGUCGUCCUCCAUCGCUGCCUCUCUUCCACCCUCGCUCCUUGACUCACACACACACGCACACACAUUGUGCUUCAUGGUCGUUGGCCUGCGCUCCUCAGUCGCCGUUCCAGUCCAAGUCGACCAUGAAGAGGCCCAAACAGCAGCAGACGGGGCCCCUGAGCUUCCUCAACUUCUUCAGCCGAAAGCCCAAAUCGGAACCGCGGCCGGAAAAGAAUGUGGAGGCCCGGCCCAAAGAGGAAGUAGCCAUCACCCUCACGCUGCGGGAACAUCCAGAGCUGGAAAUUGCAACAGAAGACGCUGCAGAAUCGAGUGUUUCCGGAGCAGAAAGAAGCGAAGGACGAGGCACUGAGCCGGAGGAGGAUGGCGGCGCCGCGGCCCCGAUCUGCGGCUCCACCGACGUCCUGUCGCUCUCCUCCUCCAGCCAGGACCACCUAGUGGACGAGCACCUUGAGGAGUGUCCGCUCUGCCUGCUCAGCCAGCCGCGGUGCCGCUUCCCGCGACUCAUCACCUGCUCCCACCGCACCUGCUCGGACUGCCUGCGCCAGUACCUGCGUAUCGAGAUAUCCGAGAGCCGGGUGGGGAUCGCGUGCCCGCAGUGCCCCGAGACCCUGGCGCCACUCGACGUUCGCACCAUCCUGGACGACCGGGUGCUGCUGGAGCGGUUCGAGGAGUACCAUCUGAGGCGGUUUCUGGCCGCUGACCCGGAUACACGCUGGUGUCCUGCACCUGAUUGCAGCUACGCAGUCAUCGCUUACGGCUGCGCUGAGUGUCCCAAGCUGAGCUGCGGCCGCGACGGAUGCAACACGGAGUUCUGCUACCACUGUCGGCAGCUGUGGCACCCCAACCAGACGUGCGACCAGGCCCGACGCCAGCGAGCCCGUCACGGGUCGGGUAGUAAAGACGCCUCUGCGCUGUACGUCUUCAACGAAGAAGCCGGCGGAGACGCAGAGGAGAUCAAGCCGUGCCCUCGCUGCGGCGCCUACAUCAUGAAGACCAACGAUGGCAGCUGUAACCGCAUGAACUGUACUGUGUGUGCCUGUCAGUUCUGCUGGCUGUGUAUGCAGGAGAUCACCGACGUGCACUACCUCAGUCCCUCAGGAUGUACGUUCUGGGGGAAGAAACCGUGGUCGCAAACCCGCAAAGUUCUGUGGCAGGUGGGCAUGCUGCUAGGAGCCCCCGUGGUCAUCUCACUCAUAGCGGGCAUCGCCAUACCCGUCAUCAUAGUGGGCAUACCCAUCUACAUGGGACGCAAGGUCCAUGGUCGCUGUAAGAAAAACAAUAUCUCAGGAAGCAAGCACUACUUGACGGUGGCCAGUGGCGUGAUGAUGUCCGUGUUUGUAUCGCCGGUCAUAGCAGCUGUGACUGUAGGUGUAGGCGUGCCGCUCAUGUUGACGUACGUGUACGGCGUGGUGCCCAUGUCGCUCUGCAGGAACGGCUGGUGUCGACCCAACAGCGAGUCCCCCGACACGCACAAGAUACAACUGGAGGACUUGGCCAGCUACCUUCUGUUCUCUCACGUGGUCAGCGACCACUGGACAGCCCAGAGUAACCCCGUGCUGGGCGACGCCGCCAGCCUCCAGGAGGUCAGCGUACAGGAAGCAAGCGCCCUCCCGAGCACCAGCGCCACACCCGCAUCGCUGGACGACUACGUCGCCAAGGAGGGGGAAUCGGGCCAACGCCACGCAUACGCCCACGAGGACGGCCAAUCAGAGUGCACACAAGCGGCGCUUCCUUCGAGGGAUGGAACCAACAUUGAGGUCCGCGUGGAAAUCGAGGCCCAGCCCAGAGGCGCACGCCAGUCCAGCCUUAGCAGCGUCCUGUCCAGCUGUAGCUUGUCAGCCGAGUCUCUGCAGGGACAGUUGGCCGCGGAGGAGAGACCUGAGGGUGGAGAGAAGACAGGAAGGGAAGAAGGGAGUGUUUUCUUUGAAACAGACCAUGUAUGAUGCCCAGGGUUUAUAUAGUAUAGGAAUAUAACACCCACACAAAAGGGGGGCGCUGAACGCACGGACGGACCCAUUGGCCCUGGCCGCCUUCUGCUUCCGAGACCCUCCCACCAGAUGCCUUUAACCUGUGAAGAAGAGAUCCGUAGCGUGUACGUGUGCUAGGAAGUUAGCAUGACACUGCAAUCAGGAGAGCAUUAUAACCUCACAGCAUGUUAGCUGAUGACUUCAUUCAUUGGACGUCUUCUCUGUUGUCUCAUUUCACCUUUAGCCACCUAACCCCCUCCCCCAACACUCCAUAAAUAAAGACAACAUUGCAA